AUGGUUGGUGCUCUGGUCAACGGUCCAAUUGCCGAUGGCCUCUCCCGCCGUUGGACCAUCCUUCUUGCGAAUGCCAUCUUCCUCAUCGGCUCCAUCAUACAAGCCGCAUCGGUGAACGUUCCCAUGAUGUUCGCCGGCCGCUUUAUGGCCGGAGUGUCGAUUGGUCAAUUGUCCAUGGUCGUCCCCCUAUAUCUUAGCGAAAUGGCGCCGCCGAAUCUUCGUGGUAGUCUUGUUGCACUCCAACAGCUUGGCAUCACAACUGGAAUAAUGAUUGCGUUCUGGUUGGACUUUGCUACACAGCAUAUUGGCGGAACAGGAGAUAGUCAAUCCCCUGCGGCGUGGAGGCUUCCGCUUGCUCUCCAAUAUCGCCAUGAGGAGGCCUUGGCCACACUCGUUCGCCUCCGACGCGUCCCCCAAACUGAUCCGCGACUGAAGCUUGAGCUUUUGGAGAUCAAAGUGGCCGCCCGGUUUGACAAUGAUACAAGCUUCAAGAUGUACUCUGGAGUAACCUCAAAGCUCCAGCUCACCAUCGCGAGAUAUAAGUCGCUAUUUGUGUUCACUGGUAUCAACGCCAUCAUAUAUUAUGCACCAACGAUAUUUAAGAAUAUCGGUCUGUCCGGCAACUCUGUCGACUUGCUGGCAACUGGUGUUGUGGGAGUCAUCAACUUCUUCUCCACUAUACCCGCGAUCAUGUUCAUGGACCGGUGGGGACGCAAGAAAGUAUUGCUUAUUGGUGGAGUUGGCAUGGGCCUUUCGCAGCUCAUUGUUGGCACGCUCUAUGCCGUUUACAGAGACUCCUGGGAAAGCAACAAGUCGGCAGGCUGGACUGCAGCAUUCUUUGUUUGGACAUACAUAGCAAACUUCGCCUUCAGCAUUGGAUGUGUUAACUGGAUUAUACCAUCUGAGAUCUUCCCACCUGGUGUCAGAUCACAAGCUGUCGGAUUGGCCAUUGGAACAAACUGGUUGAGUAAUUUCAUUGUCGCGCUUAUUACGCCCAGGAUGUUAGAGGCUAUCAAGUUCGGCACAUUCUAUUUCUUCCUGGAGACAAAGGGCGUUCGGAUUGAGGAGAUGGAUAAAUUGUUUGGCGGCAACCAAGGUGUAGCGGACAUGAACAGAAUGGCUACCAUCAGACGUGAGUUAGGUCUUACGCCUGACAGUGGUGGCCUGAAGGCAGAAGCAGAUGUCAAUGUUGAGGUUCGGGAGUUGGAGAACGUUUGA